UGAAGAUAGUUAACUUUUUUUGGGAAAGAAAUGAAAAAAGUUCAAGAAAUAUUCUCAAGUCCAAUUCUUGGAUAGGAUUCAUUCCACUGUUUCUAGAGAGGUUAAAAAAUGCUCUAUUCGGGUUAUUUACAGCCUAUUAUGUGUGUGUGUGUGUGUUUCAAAUGCAUAUAUAUGAAUAUAAAUGCGUAUUGGGCACCUCAAAACCAAGUUGCCACCUAGGAAAUUGCAUCAUGCUGAGGCACUCCACCCCCUAGGUCGCUUGGGCACAGCCUGGUCCCUUUUGAAACAUUGAUGAUGGUGAGUGUUUUAGACGUAUGAAGAAAUAAAACUAGAUGAGAUGAAUGAUUGUUUAGUGGUACCACGAGUUUAGGUGAUAGUGAGAACUACGAAAGCGUACUUGUGGAUGGGUUUGAUGCUUAGGAAGGAUCUGGAGGAGGAGGUCCACUUGAAUUCACUUGUAUGAACAUUGGGGGAUUGAGUUGGGAUUUAGGUGAGAGAGGAGUUUGGAGUUUGGACAUUGCGCACCAAUCUAAAAUCUAAAAUUCUCCUCUUGAGUAAUACCUUGAUUAGACUCUUAUGGAAUGGAGUACCUUACAUCUUCCCAUAAAGUACCUCUCUGGAAAUGUAAUACCUUCUUCAACUUGUGGCCAAAGCAUUUACACCCCUUUUGGAGGUAGAUUAUCCUAACAAUGCAUUUUGACAGACUUGGCAUAUUUUGUUUUUAUAUUUCAUUAAGUUUACUAGGUUUAUUUAAGUUGAAAAAAAACUCAAUAUAACGCUAAUAUAGCGUAAUAAAUAUCAUGGGACUCAUUUCUCAAUCACCAUGGGGUACUUCAUGUGUUUGUAAUGAUAUGAUAAUAUGUAGAGGAAUAACUGCGUUAAUAGUCGAUAAAAAAAAAUGUUAAAAGUUAUACUUCCCUAGUGUAAACUUCCACAAGCAUGCACAUAUCUAUGCACCAUUUACCAUUGACGUACCAAUACUAUGCACGAAUUUCAUAAUGGAUUUUGCCAACGUCCUACACAUGGCCUUUUGAGUUUAGUGUCCCCAGUUGUAUCUUUAAAGUAUCCAUAUCUUAACGAAUGUCGUCCUCUGCCAAAACAUACCCAUUACGUUUGUCAAUCUAGUGUACCAGUAAUUGUAUCCAUGCCCCAUAUGAACUCUUGGUGAUUAUAUUUGGAUCCAAUGUUGUAGGACUUAAUGGGUAGUUCCGAGAUUUCCUUGAGUUGAUCCAACCCAUACAAAUUUUGGGUGAAACUUGGGUUUUCUUGAAUCUUGGCUAAAAACUGUUUGACCUGAGUUUUGUUUGACUUUGGUUGGGCCCAACUAGGCUGAACUAGUCAUCUUUUUGAAAAAAAGAUGAGCAAUGAACGAAAAUUAAGCCGCCUUGCCGCCUAGGUGGCCUGGCUGACAAACUGUGUAGAAGGUGGGGUCUGGGCAGGCAUGCCUAAGGUGGGUGCCUUGGCAGUCUGGGCUCCCCGCCUACUACCAUCCCUUAAAAGAAAAACGAAGGAAGAAAUUGAAAUCCACCGAAACAAAAAUAAGGCCUGGUAUUGCCUCUCUCUCUCUCUCUCGGGUCCAUGUGCUCACUCUACAAAUGAGAAGAAGAAGAAGAAGAAGAAGCAAACAAAAGUUGCACGAAGGUUGGCCUCUUUCUCUCUCAAGUGUUCUACUAGAGUGUCUCCUUGGUAGAAGAGCCAAGCCUGAAGAAGAAGAAGAAGAAGUGCGUAGGAAGCAAACAAAAGUUGCACAAAGGUUGGCCUCUUUCUCUCUCAAGUGUUCUACUAGUGUGUCUCCUUGGUCGAAGAGCCAAGCCUGCGUAGGAAGCAAACAAAAGUUGCACAAAGUUAUGGUACAACGCAACAUGCAAGGUCAUUCAAGAUUCAUGAGCCAUGGAGUGGGGCAUUUGGAAGCUUAUAAUUUAGAUGGCAGCAUUGAUGUUCCUCUGGAGGGUGGGUAUACUGCCCUUCAUUUGACAUGCAUGCUUGGUUUCUUGCCGUGUGUCCAGCUGUUGUUAGAGAGAGGAGCAAACUUGGAGGUGGCCAGUGGUUUACUUAGGAUGUUUCCUCUUCAUAGUGCUUGUAAAGGAGGAUCCACUGAAGUUGUUGAAUUUUUGAUAAAUACUGUUCCAUACUCAGAGGUUGUCAAGAGGAUACUAAACACUGGUGAUAAAGAUGGUGACACUGUUCCUGCAGUGCUUGCGUGGCCGGAGACUGAAGUCAGACGCUUCUUGGAUGAAGCUGCUGCUGCUGCUGCCAGUGCUUCAAAUUCUCACUAGGCUUGGAUAGUUCGACUAAGGCUUUCUUGGGUUCUUGGGGUAAAGAGGUUCCAUACUUACUGUGAUUUUGGAUGGAGGUUCCUAAAGUAGCGCGCAUAGUAGAGAUUGUGCACGAAUGCAUGAUUGUAAUCAUGGGCUCAUGGUAUUCAGGUGAGAACAGGUCUUUGGGGGCUUCAUUAGAACUACUCUCUUUUGCCUUUCUGUUUUGAAUGUAACAUAAAAAGACUUCAUAAUUCGUAUCUCUCUGUCAGAUGUUGAAGUGCAAUCACUCUCUUAAUGUUCAGGUGCAAUUCAAUGAUGGUUUUUCUACUUU